GGCGAAUAUUGACUACCACCAAAACAGAAGAAGAGGAUGACGUCACUUGUUUCUUCCUUCUGCAAAAACAAACAUGGAGGAAUAUGUUCGUGAACCUUGUCCCUGGAGGAUAGUGGAUGACUGUGGUGGUGCUUUUACCAUGGGUGCAAUUGGAGGAGGAGUGUUCCAGGCAGUCAAAGGCUUUCGUAACGCCCCCGCAGGUGUCCGGCACAGACUGAAAGGGAGCGCGAAAGCUGUAAGAAUUAGAGCACCGCAGAUCGGAGGGAGUUUUGCUGUGUGGGGUGGACUCUUUUCCAUGAUUGACUGUGGCUUAGUUCGUCUGAGAGGAAAAGAGGAUCCUUGGAACUCCAUAACAAGCGGUGCAUUGACUGGAGCCAUCCUGGCUGCACGCAGUGGGCCAUUAACUGUGGUGGGCUCUGCCAUGAUGGGGGGAAUUUUACUGGCUCUAAUUGAAGGUGUUGGAAUUCUGUUAACCAGAUAUACAGCGCAUCAGUUCCAGAACCCGAUGUCUUUUGCAGAUGAUCCCACUCAGCUACAUCCACAGAACGGAGCUCAGCAGUCGGACGCGAGGGGACAGUUUCACUAACUGAUGGUCAGGACUGAGCCCAGCUGCGGGCACAGCGAGUCAGACUGCAGAGAAGGUGGAACAUCAGCAAAACCACAGCAGUUAUCAGGACGACUGUGGAAAUUCUGGGUCCCCACAGUGGUGUUAAGUAGCUGCACUAUGUGCUCAUACCUCAGGGGCCGAUCGCUGUCACUUCUAGUAAUUUAUUUCUUUGUGUUUGUAUGUGAACGGGGAACAAACCUGUUUGCUCCAUUCUUGAUAAUAAUCUUUGUCAGUUGUGUAAUUGCUGACUCUUUUUAUUUUAUUAUUAUAUAUACAAUUGAAAUCUACAAAAAGUAUUAAAUAAUUCUCUCCAGAUGGAAGAAACUGUGAAUUUUUUUUUUUUUUUAAUGGUUGGAAGUUACAAAUGUAGUUACACUGAAAUGUUUUGCAAUGGAAUGUGGCGUUCUGAAAGGGUUGACAUAUUUCACACUGUACAAAAUGAACUGGAAAAAAAAAAGUAUUCACAGCACUUCAGUUUUUCCAUGUUUUUAUUUUCUUGAACAGUGUUUUUGGAUUUUGUUGUUAAGAGAUAUUACUCUGAUACACCACCAGUACAAUUCAACACCUUUUCAUAAGAACAAGAACAUUAUAGCGGUGCAAUAGUCCAGUUCCGCCCUAUGGCAUCAGUUACAGGAGUAUCUGGAAAAUGCAUAAAUAGACAGAACAUCAGAUGUAAUAGAAUUGUACUCAAAAAAACAACAACAAUCAAACAAACACACAAAACAAAAAACAAUCACAAAGCUCUCAGUUAUAGAGUCAUAUAAGCCACUGUGAGAGGUUUACAACAGUUGGUGCUCAGUCUUCUGCUUCUGUUAAAUCCAGGUCUUUCACAAAUAAACGGUCCCCAAAUCUUCUCAAA